AUUGGGUCACAAGGUCAAAGGGCCACCCUGAUUUUUACACUUUAGUGGUGCAGUGCGAUUUUCGAGCGCGGAAAACGGGUUGCGGUGGUGCAGGCGCGGCAUCGCGACGCCAAACCCAAAACCGCGGUUUCGAUUGCGCGCGGCGCUCCCGUUCGAUACCCGCUGCGGUAAAGCCGCUCCGGAUCCGCCGUCGUGGCUGGUAGCAGCAAACAUCGCUGUACCGACGACGGUGGUGGCUGUGGUGGUGGUGGUGGUGGUGGGAGCAGCCUCCGUUUUAUUUCUGUCCCGGCCUCGCCGGGGCCGGUCUCGCAAGUGUCUUUCGCGAAAGUUCUCGCGUAUAGAAAGACCGAACGACGACAACAACCACGACGACGACGACGACGACGAUAAACAGCCGCGAUGGAGGAUAGUUACAUGGUUCACAGACGUCGCAAGGCGGCGGCCAGAAAGCGUGAGAAGACGCCCGACCCCUCGUCGAGGGGUGCUGCGUCGCGCAUGGACACUUCGGACGACGAGGAUGAGGAGAAGCGCGCCAGAAUGGAAAGGAUGGCCGAGGAGGCGGAGAAAAUGGAGCAGCAACAGAAAGAGAACAGACUGUCACAACAGCAGCAGCAGCAGCAGCAGCAGCAGGAGACGUCUUUGAAAGAAGUCGAGGACAAAGAGAAAAAGAGGGAUGAUCGGGAGUCGCGUCCCGCCAGGAGAAGAAGCAGGACUGACGCAAGAAAUUCCGCAAACGUAGAUGACAUGAUUGCCGUACGCGCCGAAGUGGCCGCCAAAUCGGUGGCUGGGAAUAGUUUGAAGACACGUGAGAUUGACGUCGCAACAGCUGGCGACAACAGCACGCGACCGGUAAAGCAGAUCGAAGCAACGCGAAAGCCCGAUGAUGAUACCGCGAAGAGAGAGGUCAUUAGACCCGAAGUUGUUCAAAUGAUCAAAGAUAUUGUUGUUCAAGAAACGUCGGAGACACCAAAAGAAACGAACGGCGAGGUCGCCAAACUUACCGAGGCCCGCAAAGUCGAAAGGCGACAUAAAAGAAAGUCGAAGGAGCGCGCGGAGAGAUAUAGCCGAUCAACAGACUCCAGCGACGUCGAUGAAAAGAGUGAGUCAAGUCGUAAGAGGACAAAAUCGCCGGAAGUAAUCAGAUCCAGGGUGAAGAAGACGAGCGGAAAGAGUCGAGCCAGUGAUCCGGAAGUGCAAAAGAGAAACACUGAGAAAUUGAACCGAGAGAAGAGAUCGUCGAGUCGACAUAAGUUGGAGGAUGAACCUCGAUCGAAAGAUGAUUCUGAGAAGCCACGCUCGAGGCCUUACAGUCAGAUUGAAGACACGGACGAAGAGCCGAAAGUCAUGAAGAAGAGCGAGAGUUUUCCGCAAAGAUCUGCCGAGGAGCGGAUAGUGAAGAGAUCCUCAAUCGAUGUGAAGAAGCAGAUCAUCCCGCUGAGCAACGAGAGUCUGAUCGAGGAUUUUGCGAGAGCUCAGAGAGAGUACAUGCUGAGGGAACGUAGCAUUCUAGACCCGGAAGUGGGAGACGUGUUCGAUGAUGUGGUUGAAGCUAGUUCCUUGAGGAGGCGGAAGUUCAGUCUGCCUAGCAGCGAGAGCGAACGUGAAGACAUCGUUCAGAACGCAACGCAGUCCGAUGUGGCUGACAAGAAGAAAUCAUGGUUCUCUUGGUUAUUUUUUUGGCACGGGAAGAAGAAAGAUGAAGACAUCGUAAAGAAGAAAGUUGAAGAACCAGAGACAAGGGAAGACGAACCAGAACUUGUUCAGGAAGUUGAGGAGGUCAAAGCAGAGAAACAGAAAAUUGCAGAAAAGCACGAAGCGAAAAAGCAAGAAGCUGUAGCGAAGAAACAGGAAGCUACGAAGAAGCAGGAAACUACGGAGAAGCAGGAAACUGUGGAGAAAGUUACUCUAUUAGAUUUCUUCAGGGCUCUUAGAGACAUCGUCAAUGAGUUCAAGAUCUUUGUCGCGCAGAAUCCACGUGAGACAACGAUUAUCAGGCAGUUGCGUAAUCGCUGCAUAGCAGGACUGCUGCUUGUGAUAAUCUACUGCGGUCUCGGUGGUUUCAUCUUCCGUUUCGUCGAGGGUGCUUUCGAAACGUUCUACAAAUGCGGCGUGAAGCGCGUGAAGCGCGACUUUCUAGAUAGUCUGUGGAAUUACAGUCACAAUCUGAGGGAGGACGACUGGAAAAGUAUGGCGCGUAAAAAACUAAUGGAAUUCGAGGAACAGCUUCAUACUGCUCACGAAGCCGGCCUGCACUCGUACAGCGGUCAAAAAAGUUGGAGUUUCUUGAAUGCGGUCGCAUAUUGUCUCACUGUCAUCACCACCAUCGGAUAUGGACAUAUCUCGCCAAGUACGGAUACAGGAAAAGCCAUCACAAUUGUGUAUGCCAUUUUUGGUAUUCCAAUGUUUCUUAUCAUUUUAGCCGACUUUGGUAAAUUAUUUACGCGCGGUAUAAAGUUCCUGUGGGCAUUCGUAAGAAGGCUAUAUUAUACUGGUAGCUGUCGCAAAGUUCGUCGCACUGCGCCCGUUCAGGAAGUCAUGAAGGGCAUGCAACUCGUCUAUGAUCUCGCAAAAUUCCGUCGGCCAUCACAGAUGAAUCCAGAAGAGAUCGAGGAGAUACAGAGGCAACAAAUCCAACAGCCGCAAACAGUCCUAAAUUUGGAUGCUAAUGCAUCAGAAACGCCGGGUACACCGGCAUUGUCGGCAUUUGCCAUCGAUGACGAGUUUAAUCUGCCAAUCUCAGUGGCGAUUGUUAUUCUUCUGGUUUAUAUCUUCAUAGGAGCCACGUUAUACUCCUUAUGGGAAGAUUGGAAUUUCUUCGAGAGUUUCUACUUUGUCUUCAUCUCCAUGAGUACUAUUGGCUUCGGCGAUUACGUACCGAAGAUGCAUCCCAUAUACAUGAUGUGUUCGAUAGUAUACCUAGUGUUUGGUCUGGCACUCACGUCCAUGUGCAUUAAUGUUGUGCAGGUGAUGCUAUCAGACUCAUUCAAACAGGCGAGCCAGAAAAUUGGAGCCACGAUCGGUUUCGAAGUCGCCGAGGACGACAACUCGGUGAAACCGGCACCGCCGCCACCGAUCGAGGUCGCGGAUGUUUUAUGUUGGCAAUCCUACAACCAAGUAAAGUGUUGCUGUUGUACCUCCAAUGGGGAAUCAAGAUGGCCGAAGGAUGACAAUAUACAGCUGUCAACUGGUGCGAACGAGUAA